AUGACGACGAAGAAGCGGAAGAAGCCGCGGCGCAUUUUCGACGCCGCGAGGGGCGGCGCGCUCGUGCUGCACGCGCGCGCGGACGGGAGCGAGGAGUACGUUCCGCUGUCGCGGCUGAUCGAGGAGGUGAACGAGCGGUUCAUGGCGUCGGACGAGGAGGACGGAGGCGUAUCUGUCUCCUUGUAG